AUGAGAGGCAAGAGAUCGAAGCAGUACCGGAAGCUCAUGGAGCAAUUCUCCAUGACUUUCGGCUUCCGUGAGCCGUACCAGGUCCUCGUCGAUGCCGAGAUGGUGCAAGACUCUUCUCGCUUCAAGAUGGACCUUGAGCCGGCACUGUCGAGGACAGUUCAUGGCAAGGUUAAGCCUAGUACGUCUGCAACCAAAGCGACUCCCGAACGAGUACUAACAACCCCAGUGAUCACGCAGUGCGAGAUUCGAAAACUCUACGCCAAGAGAACCGAACCCGGCGUGAGCGCAGCCAUUGAUCUAGCCAAAACUCUGGAGCGAAGACGAUGCGGCCACCAUCCCGACGAGUACCCCGAACCCUUGAGCACGCAGGAAUGCCUUCGAUCCGUUGUCGACCCCAAGAGCACGAACCAGAACAAACAUCGCUAUGUGGUUGCCAGCCAGGAUCAGGAGGUGCGAAGAAUGCUACGGGGUAUCAGAGGCGUCCCUUUGAUCUACAUCAAGCGAAGCGUCAUGAUUCUGGAGCCAAUGGCAGACGAGAGUGUCCAGGUCCGAGCCCGUGAAGAGAGAAGCAAGUUCCGGGCCGAGCUCAAGAAUGGUCUGGGCAAGCGAAAGCGAGAAGACGAAGAUUCAGACGAUGAAAAGGACAAGGCCAAGGCCGGCGACGGAGAGGCUCUUUCAGCAGAAGAGCAAAAGAAGAAAAAGAAGAAGAGUUACGGCACCAAGGGACCAAACCCAUUGGCAGUCCAGAAGUCCAAGAAGAAGCAAGAGGGACAGUCGCGAAAACCAGCAGGAUCCGAGAAGAAGGAGGACACACAAGAAGCCCCUGCCAAGAGAAAGAGACGGCGGAAGAACAAGGCUGCCACUUCAACGGCCGGCGAAGGAGAGGCCAAGGCUGAGCCUGUCGAGGCCACAGGGGAAGCGGAGAGUUGA